AACGGGCAAGAAAAUAAAUGUGGACUUAAAGUGGACUUGGAUAUGAUGACCCGAAUACCCAUCAAAUCACAUCCUACUCAGCUCCAGCUCCAUCGAGGUAGAAGAAAAUUAGAUCUUUCUGGAACGUUAUAACCGAGCUGGCAAAUUUUAGAUUCGACCCGUUAUACUGAGAAGAAGGAAAAAACGCCUAUUUUUUCUCCGAUUCGCAUUUCGUCAAUAGCUAAAAUCUUUGACAAAAGUUGACGAUAUUCUCCUUUCGAUCUCAAAGCGAAAUCCUGUUUUUUCCUGUUCAGGUCGUUGUUGUUUCUGAAGUCUCAUGGCUGAUCAGCAAGCAGUUGAAGGGUCAAGCACAAGUAAUGAUUCUGGUGGAAGUUCUGAAUCAACUGUGGAGCUCAAUAUCAAGACCUUAGAUUCCCAGACGUAUACUUUUAACGUGGAUAAGAAUAUGCAAGUUACAGCCUUGAAGGACAAAAUAGCAAGUCAUAUUGGUGUACCUGUUGAGCAGCAAAGAUUAAUUUUUAGGGGCAAGGUCUUGAAGGAUAAUCACCUUCUUUCUGAAUAUCAUGUGGAAAAUGGGGACACACUACAUUUAGUACUGAGGCAGUCUCAGUCGCAACCUGCACCAGGUAACAGCACUGGAGGAGCUAGUACUAACAAUAUUAACAGAGGACAAGAGCCUCAACCCACUGCUGGAGGCUCACGGAAUCGUAUCGGGCAGAUUUCACACAGUGUUGUCCUAGGUACUUUUGUUGGAGAUCAAGGGGAAGGAGCUAUGCCUGAUCUUAGUCGGGUUAUUGGGGCAGUUCUGAACACUGUAGGGAUUGGGAACAUGACUGGUGGCCAGCUUCCUGGUGUGCAGGCCAGUGCUCCAGUUCCUCAUCCUCAAGGAAAUGAUAGUCUAAGUCAGUCAGGAAGUCAGCAAUCUGGGCAGGCAUUUGCUGGUCAAUCUUUGCCGCAAGUAGUGCAAAUUCCAAUGGGGGCAACAAUAGCUAUCCCGACAAUUAAUUCGCCCAUUCCUGAUUCUUUGCACACGCUUACUGAAUUCAUGAAUCGGAUGGAGCAUGUAUUCUCACAGAACGGUUACCCGCCAAACCAGUCACCUACUACUGCGGCAGAUCCACCUGCAGUACAGUUGCCUACAAAUUCUCGCGGCUUAUCGACUCCAGAGGCAUUAAGCACUGUGCUGCAUCAUGCUGAGCGUCUUUUUGGUGGUCACGUCAUUGCGGCAUUAUCUCACAUUGCAGGACGGUUGGAACGGGAAGGGGUCUCCAGCGAUCCUGCAGUAAGGGGACAGGUGCAGACAGAAUCAGUGGUAAUUGGUCAAGCAAUGCAGCAUUUAGGUGCGCUUUUACUAGAGCUUGGAAGGACGAUAUUGACUCUCAGAAUGGGACAAUCACCUGCUGAAUCUUCAGUAAAUGCUGGUCCUGCUGUUUACAUAUCUUCCACAGGGCCGAACCCGAUAAUGGCUCAGCCUUUCCCCCUUCAAACCAGUUCACUCUUUGGUGGCUCUGCUGCUGUUCCACCUAUCCCUGGUACCUUUGGCGCUGUUGGGAUUGGUAAUGCCCCAAGGCAUGUCAAUAUUCAUAUACAUGCCGCACCUAUUAUUUCUGCAGGUGGUGCUAGGGCGACCAAUGGAGAUGGAGGACAGGGUGAACGUGGCAAUGGAACUGAUUCUGGCCAAUCAAGGGUUUUGCCUGUCGGAAAUAUAGUGGCUACAGCUGUUCCACCAAGGCCUACUGUUAUCUCAGUCUCUAAUAUGCCACAACCUGGCCAACCAGAGAGCCCAAGUGGCCAAGAGCACUCUACUGUGUCUGGUGCUGAGAAUGAUACUGUAAGCACUCAACUAGGUGUCUCAUCUGCAAAUGGGAUGAGCGUGCCCGAGCCUCUACUGGCGCUCAAUGUUCCCGGAAGAGAGGAUAAAAUGAGUCAAGGUCAAUCAAGCGAAAUGUCUCACAGCAAGUCAGAGGCCUCAGCCAGUGCUGGAGGAGCUCAAAGGUCUGGUCAGGAGUUAGGUAGUCCUGAUGAAUCCUCAUCUGUGCCCCUUGGAUUAGGGUUUGGAGGUUUGCAGCCGAAGAGACGAACUAAGCAAUCCAUAUCCAUGCCUCAUGGAAAUAAUGCUGAUGGUUCAACUAGCAACAAUCCAAAUGAACUACCUAAAAGAGAUGGGCAACAAGUUUUGCAGUCUCUUGCAGCGCUUGCAGCCAGGGGAAACAACACUGCUAUGCCCUCAGGGACACACUCAGAUGGGGAAGUUAUGGGGACUAUUGGCACGGGAAAUCAAAAUGUCGGUGGUCAAUCAGAGAUAGCGGAUGCAAUGUCUAGUGUACUUCAGAGUCCUGCUUUAAAUGGUUUGUUGAGUGGGGUUUCACAACAAACUGGGGCUGGAUCUCCGGAUCUCUUGAGGAAUAUGAUGCAACAACUCACUCAAAGUCCAGCAAUGAUGAGCACUGUAAAUCAGAUCGCUCAGCAGAUUGACACUCAGGAUCUUGGAAGCAUGUUUUCCGGGCAAGGUGGCAGUAUGGACUUGUCUAGGAUGUUUCAGCAAAUGAUGCCACUUGUCUCUCAAGCUCUUGGUGGCAUUUCAGCUGCGCCUCAACAAAUGCCUAAUAUUGCACAGAGGCCUGGUGAGAAUGCUGCCACGGUAAGAAGGCCAACACCAACCGCUGAAAAUUUUCAGGUUGACCUUCAUGAGGUUGCCCAGGGAAUCGAGAACAAUAGUCCGCCUGUAGAGAUUCUUCGCUCUUUGGUUCAAAGUACGGAAUCUUUGCACCAUAAUGGAAGUACUGAUCAAAGUCUAGUCGAUGAACUGUGCAGUGCAGAGGGCCUAGCCAAUGAAUUCAUGCAGAUGCUGCGUAAUGACGUUUCUCAGCGAUUCCAGGAUAGACAGGGCCAAUAGGGAUAUGUCUUUUUCAUUUUUAUUUUCUUAUUUGUUUCUAAAGAGUGUCAAGUUUCCGAUCAUUUUGUGUUCAAGUAGACAAGCUGCUGAUUACGCGCUCUCGUCCUUUUUUGGAUGUCAUGGAGGGGGAAACCAUUAUGCUAUUCCCUUGUGUAUGAUGGGAACUGUAUUUUCUUAGUUAACAUCGGUAUUUCAUUCCAUGACUCUGUUUUGGUAACUUAUAUAGCAUGCACUAAUUAAUGAGGAAAGAGCCAGGCUUUACAUUCAGCCGUGCUCAUGCCUUCGUUUCCCCUUC